AUUUAAGAAAAUGUGCAGACAGACACAGUGUUGAAGCUGAACAUUUUUAACACUCUCAAACCAACCAGCGGACUUCUCAAGGAGAAGGAGAAAGGAAAAGAGAAAGAGAAAGAGAAAGAGGAGAGAAGCCACACAACCCCACAUUCUCCACUCCUCCCUCUAAAUGAUGUGGAUAACGAGAUCCAUUCGACGCCCAUUCGCCCAUUUUCAGGCGGCCGCAAAUUUCUCAUCUUCCGCGGCGGCGGUGGAAGCGGAGAGGUGCAUUAAGAAUGGGUGGAGGAACGACUGGAAGAGAGAAGAAAUUAAAUCCAUCUACGAUUCCCCUGUUCUCGAUCUCCUAUUCCAUGCUGCUCAAGUUCAUAGACACGCUCACAAUUUCAGGGAAGUGCAGCAGUGCACCCUUCUAUCUAUCAAGACUGGCGGAUGCAGCGAAGAUUGUUCUUAUUGCCCGCAGUCCUCCAGAUACAACACCGGCCUCAAACCUCACAAGCUUAUGAAUAAAGACGCAGUCUUGGAGGCUGCUGAAAAGGCAAAAGAGGCUGGUAGCACUCGGUUUUGUAUGGGUGCAGCAUGGCGAGACACUGUAGGAAGGAAAACUAAUUUCAACCAAAUCCUUGAGUAUGUUAAAGAAAUAAGGGGUAUGGGGAUGGAGGUUUGCUGCACUCUGGGGAUGCUGGAGAAGCAGCAAGCUUUAGCACUGAAGGAGGCAGGACUUACAGCUUACAACCAUAAUCUUGACACCUCAAGAGAAUACUACCCAAAUAUUAUAACCACCAGAAGCUAUGAUGAACGGUUACAGACCCUUGAGUAUGUCCGUGAUGCGGGUAUCAAUGUUUGUUCAGGUGGAAUAAUAGGGCUUGGUGAAGCCGAGGAGGACAGAGUUGGCUUAUUACAUACAUUGGCAACUCUCCCAGCACACCCUGAGAGUGUUCCCAUUAAUGCACUCAUUGCUGUACAAGGCACACCCCUGGAAGAUCAAAAGCCAGUUGAAAUAUGGGAGAUGAUAAGGAUGAUUGCAACAGCACGCAUUGUGAUGCCUAAGGCGAUGGUGAGGCUCUCAGCUGGGAGAGUUCGUUUCUCGAUGCCUGAGCAAGCGCUUUGCUUUCUUGCUGGUGCGAAUUCCAUCUUCACGGGAGAGAAGCUCUUGACAACUCCAAACAAUGACUAUGACGCUGAUCAGACCAUGUUUAAGCUGCUUGGUCUCAUUCCCAAAGCUCCCGAUUUCUCACAAAAUUCAGCCAAAGAAUUUGAAACAGAACGUGUUGAGGCGGCAGCUUCAAGUUCUGGUUGAAUCUGCAAUCUUCGCUUGAUAUUUUUUGUCUCGGAGAAGAGUUAUUCUGCUGUAUGCAUAUCUGCAGUUCAGCUGUGACUUUUCCCUGUCUUUUUCUUAAUGUAGACUUUAAAAGUAGUACUGUUGUAGCUGUCGGAAGAUAGUUAUGUUUC